AUGGCUAUCCGUGAUACUGAAACAUUGUACGGCCCCGCGGAGGGGCCCGGGGCGCGCGAGGCCUGGGAAGCCGUGGCGGCCGCGGUGGGGGCCCUGACCGCGCUGGAGGUCCUCAUGGUGGCAGGCCGCAACCCAGAGCCGCCGGGCGCGCGCCCGCUGCGGCUGGCGCCGCUGGCGCGCCUGCGGGUGUUGGAGGCGCUGCCGGCGGUGGCGGAGGGCGCGCUACGCGGCGUGUGCGCCGAAGGGGCGGCCCUGGCGGCGCUGACCGAGCUGCGGCUUGGCCGGUGUGGCAAGACACGGUUGAUUGUUGAGGAUCAAGUCACUGACGCCGACCUGCUGGCCCCCGAGCCGCUCGGCGCUGCGGCCGUCGCGGCCAUCGCGGGCGCCGCGCCCGCGCUGGCCGAGCUCUCCGCAGAAUUCGGCAUCCUCCUGCCGCACGGCAGCCCCGCCGCGCUGCCGGAGACGCUGACGGACAUGCGGCUGGGACCGUCAGACGUGGUGCUCGCGCGGCUCACGCCGCAGCUCAUGUUCCUCACUGUCCUGAACGCCCUGGACUGGGGCGUGCGGCUGCAGGCGGCGCUUGACAGCCACCCUGAGCUGGAGGGGGUGACGUUUGACAGGGGUUUCGCCCUGGACGACCACGAGGAAGACGAGGAGGACGAGGAGCAGGAGGACGAGCUGAAUGGCGGCGACGGCCUGGGGUUCCUGGCGCAGCUGCCGCAGCUGCGUGAGGUGACGAUCUCGCGGUUUGAGCACGACCUGCUGGCCGGGCCGCGUGCGGGCGAGUGGGUCAGCCGCCGGCUGUGCACGUGGGCGCUGGCGUGGGCGGGCGGCGCUGUGGAGGAGCUUGACCUGUACCUGGGGCACGCAGGGGAGCCACUCGCGGUGAUGGCCUUGCUAGGUGCGGCAAUGGGUGCACGCCUCAGACGCCUCAGCCUGGAGCUGGACAACGCAGCGCAUUCGGGCUACGGUUGGGGGUGCGACGCGCCCGGCGACGCAGGGCGCGGCCUUCUGUCUCUGCCGCUCUUCACCCGGCUCGAAGAGCUCGUCCUCAUCCUACUGCCUCUAGGGCCCCUGCCCGCGGCAGCCCCCACCCUGGCACGCAGGGACAUUCGCGGCAAAGGCCGCAAGCGCGGCGGCCAGCGUGGAUCCCGCAGCCGCGGCUGGGAGGCGCCCAUCGCCGCGUUUCUGGCGCCGCUGUCGUCGCUGCGGCCGGCGUCGCUGGUGGAAGUGGCAAUAGUUAUGCAGGCCCCGAUGCCCCGUGAUGGGGGGCCCAACGGGGAGGCCGAGCUCGAGGCUGGGUGCGCGUCCUUGGUUGCGCCACACCGGGAGUACCUGGAACUUGAACUGGAGCAGUUUGGCAGCGGCUGGUAG